AUGUCUUACGGAUUCCAGAUAUUUUUCUUCUUAUUCUACUGCCUGGCGUGCUUCUGGCCAGAACUUGGCGCCGAAAGCAACCUAAGGAUAGUUAAUCAAUGGGCUGAGUUGGAAUUCGUCUUCCCUGAUGAAGAAACCAAGCAGAUUGCUAUGACCAAACAGCAUUAUGUGCCGGGGAAGUCAAUACCUAUUGACGUAGAUGUGCAGUAUAGAAAGGACUCUCUAUCGCCACGAAUUUUUGUAACGACACCUCGCUUCAGCGAAGGUCGUCCCGUAACUCUGGGCACAGUGGACGAGAAGGGCAAAAUCUCUGGAUACCCUGACUACUCCUGGCACGAAAAUCAAGGUCAGAACUGCGAAGGACUAACGUCAGUAUUUAGGACUGCGAUAGACGAAUGCAACAGACUUUGGGUAAUGGACACAGGCAAGAUCGGCGACACGCAACACUGUUCUCCACAGUUGUUGGCUUUCGACCUCGACAAUGACAAGCUCGUCUACCGGUACCGGUUCAACCAAUCUGUUUAUAAUGAACAGUCAUUGUUUGUUACUCCAGUAAGUUAGCAUUGUCUUCUUCUU